AUGUCCCCUUCCAAGAUGAAUAGAUCGGUAACUGAUGUUUCCGAAGUUGAACAGAAAAUUAGAGAUGAAUUGUCGUUGUCUAAUGAAGUUAUUACUAUUAGACGUAAUGCUCCUGCAGCAAUUUUGUACGAGGAUGCUUUGAACGAGAAGAAGACUACUAUUGCAUCCAGCGGUGCGCUUAUUGCGUACUCUGGUGAUAAAACUGGUCGUUCCCCUAAGGACAAACGUAUUAUUGAGGAAGAAACUUCUAAAGACAAUAUCUGGUGGGGUCCAGUUAAUAAGCCAUUGCCUGAAAAGACUUGGUCUAUUAACAGAGAAAGAGCAGCCGAUUAUUUGAGAACCAGAACCCAUUUGUACAUUGUGGAUGCAUUUGCAGGUUGGGAUCCUCGUUACAGAAUUAAAGUUCGUGUGGUUUGUGCCAGAGCUUACCAUGCGCUUUUCAUGACAAAUAUGUUGAUUAGACCUACCGAUGAGGAAUUGGCUCAUUUUGGUGAACCUGAUUUCACGGUUUGGAACGCUGGUCAGUUCCCUGCUAAUUACCAUACUCAAGGUAUGUCUUCCAAGACCACUGUGGAAAUCAAUUUCAAGGCAAUGGAAAUGAUCAUUCUUGGUACUGAAUAUGCUGGUGAGAUGAAGAAAGGUAUUUUCACCGUUAUGUUCUAUUUGAUGCCAGUGCACCAUAAUGUUUUGACUUUGCAUUCAUCUGCAAACCAAGGUAUUCAAAAGAACGAUGUAACUUUGUUCUUUGGUCUAAGUGGUACUGGUAAGACUACUUUGUCUGCUGAUCCACAUCGUAAAUUGAUUGGUGAUGAUGAACACUGUUGGUCCGAUCAUGGUGUUUUCAACAUCGAAGGUGGUUGUUACGCCAAAUGUAUUGGUUUAACCGCCGAAAAAGAACCAGAAAUCUACAAUGCUAUCAAGUUCGGUUCUAUCCUAGAGAAUGUCGUCUACGAUCCAAAGACUCGUGAUGUGGAUUACGAAGAUUCUUCGAUUACUGAGAACACAAGAUGUGCUUACCCAAUUGAACACAUUCCAAGUGCCAAGAUUCCAUGUCUAGCAGAUUCUCAUCCACAAAAUUUGGUUCUAUUGACUUGUGAUGCCUCUGGUGUGCUACCUCCAAUCUCUAAGUUAACUCCAGAACAAGUCAUGUACCAUUUCAUCUCUGGUUACACCUCGAAGAUGGCAGGUACUGAACAAGGUGUCACUGAACCAGAAGCUACUUUCUCAUCUUGUUUCGGUCAACCUUUCCUAGCGUUGCAUCCAAUUAGAUACGCAACGAUGUUGGCAAAGAAGAUGUCUGAACAUCGUGCUAAUGCUUGGUUGAUCAACACUGGUUGGACUGGUUCCUCUUACGUUGCAGGCGGUAAGCGUUGUCCUUUGAAAUACACAAGAGCCAUUUUAGAUGCUAUUCACGAUGGUUCUCUAGCCAAGGAAUCCUACGAGACUUUACCAACUUUCAACUUGCACAUCCCAACAAAGGUUAAUGGUGUUCCAAAGGAAUUGUUGAAUCCAUCCAAGAACUGGGUUGAAGGUGAGGCCAAGUACAACACUGCUGUCAACAAUCUGGCCAAAUUGUUUGUUGAAAAUUUCAAGAUUUACCAGGACAGAGCUACUCCAGAAGUGUUAGCCGCUGGUCCUCAAGUAUGA